AUGGCAGAUACACAGAUCCGUAAGGGCGCCAAGGUCUCGUCGGGUAUUGCCUGGUACCAGUGGUGCCCAUUUGCCUGGAAAUGGGGAUUUUCAUCUUGGUUGUCGCCGUUCCCACGCGUCAGCUUCUGUACCGUGUUUCACUGUCGCCUUGAGAUGUGA